AGCACAACUUUCCGUCAGCUGACAGCGUGGCGUCUUGCAGUGACCACGUGAUCAACUGUCACGUGACAAGUUGAGCACAGACAGAGUCGCCAUGACUUCAGCAGUUCAACCCGUCUACUGGCUGGGUAAUGACACCCUGAGGGUGUCAGCUGCCCUUUUUCUUGAGAACCGUCGAAGAUUGUGCCAGGGGUUGAAAGUUAAGGACGGCUUAGUGCCAAAGUCAGUCGUGCUGCUGCAGGGGGGAGAGCAAAGUCAGAGGUACUGCACGGACACGGAUGUCGUCUUCAGGCAGGAGUCUUUUUUCCACUGGGCCUUUGGAGUGACAGAGGCUGACUGUUUUGGAGCCAUAGAUGUGGACACCGGGAAAUCCAUUCUUUUUGUUCCUAAACUGCCUGAAAGCUAUGCUACUUGGAUGGGGGAGAUCUUUCCUAGAGAGCACUUCAAGGAGAAGUAUGCUGUUGAUGAGGUGCAGUACACCUGUGAUAUUGCUGAUGUCCUGUCCAAGCUGAAGCCAUCAGUUCUCCUGACUCUGAGAGGACAGAACACGGAUAGUGGGAGCAUCUGCCGCGAAGCCUCCUUUGAAGGGAUCAGUGGCUUCCAAGUGAACAACACUCUUCUACACCCAGUCAUUGUGGAAUGUCGUCUCGUUAAGACUGACAUGGAGCUGGAGGUCCUGCGCUACACCAACAGGAUUUCCAGUGACGCUCACAAAAUGGUGAUGAAAAAUGUCACUCCUGGAAAGAAAGAAUAUGAAAUGGAGAGUCUGUUCCAACACUACUGCUACUCCAAAGGCGGGAUGCGCCACACCUCGUACACCUGCAUCUGUGGAACAGGCAAUAAUUCUUCAGUCCUUCACUAUGGACAUGCUGGGGCUCCAAAUAAUAAGACCAUUGAAGACGGAGACAUGUGUUUGUUUGACAUGGGUGGAGAGUACUACUGCUACUCCUCGGAUAUAACCUGCUCCUUCCCGGCCAACGGAAAGUUCACCGCAGAUCAGAAGGCCAUCUAUGAAGCUGUUCUAAAAUCCUCCCGCGCCGUCAUGGCUGCCCUCAAACCAGGUGUGAAAUGGACUGACAUGCACCGUCUGGCUGACAGAAUUCACCUGGAGGAACUCGUAAAGAUCGGCAUCCUGCAUGGUAAUGUUGAGGACAUGCUGAAGGUCCACCUGGGUUCUGUCUUCAUGCCCCACGGCCUGGGACACCUGCUGGGCAUUGACGUCCACGACGUGGGAGGUUACCCAGAGGGGGUGGAGCGCAUUGACGAGCCCGGACUAAGGAGUCUCCGUAUGGGCCGCCUGGUGCAGGAGAGGAUGGUCCUCACUGUGGAGCCUGGGAUAUAUUUCAUAGACCACCUGCUGGACAAGGCCCUGGCUGACCCAGCUCAAAGCUGCUUCAUCAAUAACGAAGUGCUGGCCCGCUUCAGAGGCUUUGGAGGGGUUCGCAUUGAGGAUGACAUUGCAGUGACAGCCAAUGGUAUGGAGCUGCUGACCUGCGUACCUCGCACAGUGGAGGAGAUUGAAGCCUUCAUGGCCGACUCUGGCAAAACUUUCAGCCCUGCAGCCAGCGCCGAGAAAGCCUGAAUAUAAAACAGCAUAUCAUGCAAAUUGCUAAAAUCUGAGCUGUACACCGUUUUAAAUUACCUAUGGUGAUGUUCUUCAGUAAAAGGCAUACAAUGAAGAAUUUUUUUUUUUUUUUU